UAUUAUUUUCCCAAAAAAUAUAGAAAGAUGAAAGUAGUGGCAUUAAUAAGUGGGGGCAAAGACAGCUGCUACAACAUGAUGCAGUGUGUCGCUGCUGGCCAUCGGAUCGUCGCUCUGGCCAACCUGCGUCCUGCUCACACAGAUGAGUUGGACAGCUACAUGUACCAGACGGUGGGCCAUCAGGCCAUCGAGCUGUACGCCGAUGCCAUGGACCUUCCUCUGUACAGACGCACCAUCCAGGGCUCCAGCCUGGACACCAGCAGGAGCUACAGGCAGACGGAGGGGGACGAGGUGGAGGAUCUGUAUCAGCUGCUGCAGCUCGUCAAGGAAAAGGAGGGUGUCGAGGCGGUGUCGGCAGGGGCCAUUCUCUCCGAUUACCAGAGGGUCCGUGUGGAAAACGUAUGUCUGCGGCUCGGUCUGCAGCCUCUGGCCUACCUGUGGCGCCGAGACCAGGGGUCCCUGCUCGCCGAGAUGAUAGCAGCUGACCUGCAUGCUAUUCUCAUCAAAGUCGCCGCCUUUGGCUUGGAUCCAGAGAAGCACUUAGGAAAAUCUCUUGCUGACAUGGAGCCCUAUUUGAAGCAGCUCUCCCAGAAAUACGGAGUCCAUAUUUGCGGAGAAGGAGGUGAAUAUGAAACCUUUACUCUUGAUUGCCCUCUCUUCAAGAAGAAGAUAGUCAUCGAUGCAGCGGAGACGGUGAUUCACUCGGCGGACGCCUUCGCUCCAGUCGGCUACCUGCGCUUCACCGAAAUGCACACGGAGAACAAAGACAGCCCCAGUCAAACUUCGAUAGGCGAUGUGGUGGCGGGAGCUUUGCCCCAUGGUAGUUGUCCUUGCCAGAGCGCCAUUGACAAGAUGACUGAGGAGGUGGAAUAUGCUGAUCAAGCUGAAGACAACCAGCACAAAUUUACAUCAAACCGUGACCUUAGUUGUCAGUGGGGCCACGACUUUGCUCCAUCCUGCUCGUCAAGAAGCUCCAGAGGCUAUCAGUGGAUUUCUGGCAUCAGUGGCCUUCAGAGCCAAGACGCUGGCAUCCAGGGUCAGACUGUGGCAGCUUUCACACAGCUGCAAACUGAGCUGGACAACAGAGGCUGGACGAUGAAGAACAUCAUCUUGGUUCAUCUGUAUGUGAGGAGCAUGGAGGACUUCGCUCCACUCAAUGAAAUCUAUAAGAAACACUUUGACAUAAACCCACCAGCCAGGGUGUGCGUCCAGGCGGCCCUACCCGCCGCUCAGCUGCUGCAGAUGGACUGUCUGCUCCACGACUGGACUGGGCCCCCCGAGGAGGGCCGCUUCCAGCAGAGACAGGCCCUGCAUGUUCAGAGCCUCUCCCACUGGGCCCCGGCCAACAUCGGCCCCUACAGCCAGGCCCUCAGGGUGGAUGAGAUGGUGUUCUGCGCCGGUCAAAUCGCUCUGGUCCCCUGCACCAUGCAGCUGGCGAGGGCCGGCGCCUCAGUGCAGGCCCGCCUGUCCUUCAGCCACGUGCAGAAGGUCCUGGAGGCCGUGAUCAGCGGCUCGACUCUGGCUCACGUCGUCCAGGCCCACUGCUACGCCACGAGAUCCCAAGACGUCCAGACGAUCCGGGCCGUCUGGGACAGCAUGCUGAGGAAAGAAGAGAAGGAUUUGUUGCUGGAACCUGAGAUCAAACCGACCCCGUUACUGGUGGCGGUGGUCCCUGCUCUACCCAGGGGUGCGGCUGUGGAGCUCCAUGUAACCGCCGUUCAGGACGAUCCGGCCAAGAGGACGUCCGGUCUCGUGACGACCAAAGUCGCGCCCGGCUCCAUCGAGUGCCGCUCCGUGCUGUCUGCUGACGGAAGCACCGCUUCGGUUUCGCUCUCCCUGGCCGUGCCCGCCGACGACGUGGAGGUCCCUGAUGUGCAGCGCCUCACGGAAGCAGUCGGCGCUGCAUUCAGGGAAGCCACCGAGGCGAUGGAUGCUGCGCUGCUGCCACAGUGUGCGAGGCUGUUCUACAAGUAUAACCACGCUCUGGCGCUGGAGAUUGUUAAAGGACUUGAGGAAACCUUCAAGCGCCGCCUGGGUGAAUCCAGUCCGGCCGUGGCCCCGGUUCCGGUCCUGGACUUGCCCGACUCCCAGAUCCUCCACCUGUCCUGCUGGCUCAGUUUAUAGAAACGCAGCCAGAGUCAACAGGCCGACUCCAGUGAUCCACAGCGCUGGAAUUCAGUGGGGCUUUUCUGGAGGAGAGCCUCUGACAGCCCCAUCACCCAGUGACUUACAGCACGGCGUCGGCCAAUGUGGAAAAGAAAAACUGCAUAUCGCCACGUUAACGUCGGCCGUUUGUUACGGCCGAUUGUUGAAACGCAAAGCCGCACGUGUCCGCAAGUGCCUUUGAUAGUGUUUAGCUUCGGGGAUGUGUUUAUUCUCACCUCACGCCCCAGAACAUAGGCCCAUAAUCCACUUUGUCAUCCACACAAGUCGAGACUGCGGCAGCUGCUGCGCAAAGUCCGUGGAACUCCUUUAACCUACGGCCGCAUGCCGUCGGACCGAAGACGGCGGUGUCUCAUUCCGCCAGGCGAUAAACCGUAUCCCCUGAUAUCCCGCCGUUUCUGGUGGAAUUUCUUCUUAGCACGCCAGCUAACACCCCCUCAUAAAGGCCCAGCGCCGCCGCUGACACCUUCUGUGCGGUUAUAAAGCUAUAGAUUUACUGUGCCACUGCUUUGUGACCGUGUGUAAUGUGUCAGGAUGAGCCGGGCGUCUUUCUCCCUCUCUCACGCUUCAUGGGACUCAAGGUGUGUUAUUAUUGUGUAAUAGGCAAUCAGCAGCAAGCACCUGAAAAGAUUAAGCCUCUUUAUGUUUUCUAUUGAUUUUGGAGCAGCCUGGUUAAUGGCGGCGGGAGACACUACCACACACAGCUGCAGGGCCCGUGUGUGUUCCUUCACUGUGUGUGUGUGUGUGUGUUGGGGCAUCGUCCACGGACGCAGAAAAUAACACAAUUAACCAUUGCUCCUGGAACAUUUCUUUUCUCAAAGAUCAUGAACCGUAUUGAUAAUCUGAGUUGGAAUGCAUCUCCACUCGGGCUAUUCUCUUCAUCGCGGUCGUGAUGGCACCGGAGUGGAGUGAGCUAUUGAUCCUCGCCCACCACGGCGUUGUUUUGAGUGUUGUUAUCAAAAAUUGAACAACAGAGGCAGCCAAUAGAGCCUGGAGAUUUCUUUUUCAUUUCUGUUUUUUUUUUUUCUUUUUUUUAUUGAGGGCUGAAAAAACACAAACAAGCAAUUAUUUAUGAGAGGGAGCAAGACAAUGCCCUAUAAAUAUACAGCGUGUGUAAUAUUCACCUGUUUUGAAGGACCGAACCAGGACCAAUUCUGGUCUUGUGACUGAUGCAGCUAUCUGUGUUUUUGAUUAUGAUGCCUGUGUGUCAUUCGCCAAUUGUAAAUGUGUUUAGAACUCUUAUUUCACCACAACAAGAUCUCUGCUUCUCUGACUCUUCUGUGUAGAGUUUGCAUGUUCUCCCUGUGCAUGUGUGUCCUCCGUUUCAGUAUAACAGGAUCCAUGAAUUUUAUGUGUUACCUGACUAAUAUCGGGUAUCUCCUCCACUCACCACUGAUCCAAGUUUACCUCAUUUGGUAUCAAAGAUGUAUGGAUGGAUCUAUAUGUGAUCAUAUUUUGGCAA